AUGACCUCCACCACAACUGUGGCAGAUGUCCAUCCCACAAUUAUUGGUGUGCAGCCCAGUGCUUCUAUGGACGUCACGUUCGGUAUGGCCGUGUUCGUGCUGUGUGGUACGGCUGCCAUGUACGUGUUUGUCGCGUUUGGUAUGGCCGUGUCCAUACUGCGCAGUACAGUCGUGUAUGCAUUCGUUGCAGUCACGUUCGGGUUUGCUGUGUUUAGGUUCGUGUUCAUGUCCGACGUGCUUGCCACGGUCGCCGUUGCCAUGACUGUAUUCGACGUAUGA